AGGCCAUCCACCGGCCAAUGAAUCGGACACCUCCCGUCACUCCUCCUGCUAUACUCUCUCCGCUUAUCCAGGCCACACCAUUGUUUAUUGAAACUCUGCGCGCAGUGAACGUCCUGCUCGACUAGCGCCAUGCCGACUUCUGCCACGACACGUCCCCGCGCGGACGACAAGGAGCGGACGGCGCGCGCCCAGGAGCAGGAGUUCAAGCGCGCCAGGGGUGCCAUAUCUUGCGCAGAAUGCCGUCGCCUCAAGCUCAAGUGCGACAAGACCGUCCCCUGCUCCUCCUGCAAGCGCCGCGGCUGCUCCUCCAUAUGCCCCAAUGGCAGCCUCACCACCGGCCAGGGUACCAGGUUCAUCCUCGCAGAUACGGACAGGCUCCAUCGGAAAAUCGCAGAAAUGAGCGACCGCAUCCGACAGCUCGAGGACGCGCUCGCCAUCCUCCAGUCCAGCGUCGCGCGAGAGGCCCACCCGCUGCUCUCGCAGAACCUGCUCAAGAUCAAGUCCGGCUUGGAGCUCCAUUCCGCGGCGAACACGGGCCGGAGGGACGGGGCGGAGGCGAACGGCGGGGAGGACGCGGACCAGGAUGAGGGAGAGGAAUCGCAGUACAUCGAUGCGUUCGGCACACUCGCCGUCCGCGACGACGGUGCGGCGACGUUCUACGGGCGGUCGGCGGGCUCCGAGAGUCUUCUUCUGGACGAGAAGCCCGUGCAGGUGGUCGCCCGACUCCCAAUGACAAAACGCGACGCGCUGCCCGACUCGCUCACCCAACUCGCAACCUCGUUCCCCGCCGCGCCCGCCGACGAAGAAGGCGAAGACCUCGACGGGCUCAUCCGCGCAUACCUCCCGCCCUGGGCGCGCGCCGCAGCGCUCUGCGACCUCUACCUCGACCAAGCGCCCUGGUUCUUCGGCGCGCUCACCCGCCGACAGCUCGUCGAAGACGUCCUCCCGCUAUUCUACGAAGAGGCCGCGCAGCUGCGCGAUGGCGGCGGGAGCAUCGGCGCCGGCGCACUGACGACGUCCUCCGAGGCGUUCAACCUCCCCAAGGCGCCGUCCGGCUCGAGCUCGUCGCAUGAGCUCGCGCUGCUGUUCGUGGUGUUCUGCUUCGGCGCGCUCACGGAUGGGGAGCUCCCCGCGGCGCCGCAUAAUGUCGAGGCGGAGCGGUACUUCCAGCUCACGCGCGCGGCGCUCAACCUUGAGCCCGUGCUGGAGCGACCGCCUAGUGUGGCGACGGUGCAGACGCUGAGCUUGAUGGGCAUCUAUCAGGGCCUGGUGGCGGACGAGAACAGCAUAGAGAGCACUUGGGCGCUCAUGGGCCUCAGCUCGAAAUUAGCGCAAAGCAUCGGACUUCAUCGGGACUGCGCGCGUUGGAAGCUCACCCCCGCCGAGGUGCAGAAGCGGCGUGCGCUCUUUUGGGAGCUGUUCAUCACGGAUUGUUGGCAGGCUCUCGCCACUGGCCGACUUCCAACCUUCUCGUUACCCUUCGUCGACACCGAGCUCCCAGCCGACCCAGAUGAGACAAUAGCCGACGACGGUACUCCCCAGCCAAGCUUCCCCGCGUGGAAAGCACGCUGGGGCAAAGAGUGCGUCGCGGAGGUCGUGCAGGGCACGCUCACCUCGCGCGCACCAAAGUACACCGUGAUCCUCGACCUCGAUCGCAAGCUGCGCGACAUGCCGCUCCCGAAGUAUGCCCAGGGCCAGCCGCCGCAGGGCGCGGGGCUCUCGCAGACGAUGUCGCAUUUCAUGCCUGUCAACUAUCUCCAUCUCACGCUGCUCUAUGUGCACCGGACGUUCUUUGCGCAGGCGCUUGUGGACCACCCGACGGACCCGCUGCGCAGCCAGUACGCGCCGUCGUUCCUGGCUGGGUAUCGGAGCGCGUGUGCACUUUUGGGUACGAUUCGCGAGCAGUUUGCGCUGUUUCCUGUGCAGAUUGCGAGGUUUUGGGUGUUGUGGACGCAUGCGUUUUCGGCGUCGGUGAUGUUGGCGUCGGUUGUUACGCAUGGUGGGACGACCAAGACGGCGCAGGCUGCGUUGGGCGAGCUUAGGCUGGCGUAUGAUCUGUUCGACAAGGCUGCGAAGCAUGGCGGGCGUUCUGUCAAGUUCCUCCCGAUCAUACAGCGUCUGCACGAGAAGGCGUAUCAGACUUUCAGCAAGGGACUCCCGCCUACAAGGGACAUCUUCACUCCACGCAUCGUAAAUGAGAAGCCCGACGAGCUCUCCAUCUUUAGCGGGCGCACGCGCACCGUCGCGACAAAGUCACACAAGUCCCAGCGCGCGCGGCCCGCUGCGUCCACCACCACCGCCGCCACCACCUCCGUCGCCGCGUCUGGUUCUGGAUCGUCCGGCUCUGGGUCGUCGACGAUGGCGGAUUCGCCGGGGUCGAGUGCCAGCUUGGACUCGCCGGGAGAGUCGUUCCCGAGCUUGGAGUCGUAUGGGAGCGCGGUGCACCCGAUGUUGGUGGACCAGAUGCGGGCGUUCCAUGGGGAGCUGGAGGUACAGAUACAUAGCACGGAGGAGGUGUGGAUGAGCCAGCAGCGGGCGGAGGCCGGCGUGGGCGCGUACGUCUUGGCGUCGCAGCAACAGCAGGACCACCAACAGCAGCAGCAAGGACAGCAGAAUCAGCAAGAGCAGGUGCAGUUCUUCGAGAGCGCGCAGCAAUACGGGGCUUCGCAGCAGUAUGCGACGCCUCAGUCAUAUGGGAGCUCGCAGACGUUUGACAGCCCGCAACGUUAUGAGAGCCAGCAGCAGCAGUAUGAGAGCCCGCACCAGUACGAGAGCCCACAACAGUAUGAAGGAUCGCAACAGUAUGAAAGUCCGCCGCAAUAUGGUCAUCAUCAUCAACAGCAAUAUGCGAACGCGCAGGAGUACCAACAAGAGCAGUCAUACCAGGUUCAGCAGCAAUACCAGCAUUCCUCACAUUCUUCGCAGAUGCAACAGUACCCGCAGCCUGCUGAGCCACCACAUGAAUACCCGCAGCCUGCUGUGUCGCAAUCGCAAUAUGAUAGGUCGCAGCAGUACGGCGGCGUCCAGCACCAUGAACAUUCGCCGUAUGAGCAGUGGUACGCCCCGCCUGCUCCUGCUCAUACCCAGGGGACGAUGCCUCCACCGUCUGUGCCUUCCCAAGCCAUGCCUCCGCCUCCCGUGCCUUCGCAUACUAUGGCCCCAUCUUCCGUGUCUGCCUCGGCUAUGGCGCCUCCGCCUGUACCUGCCACGGCGAUGCCUCCACACUCGAUACACCGCCAGAGGUCGACUUCGCAGCUGGUAUCCGUCGAUCCUCAGCAGAUUCUCUCUUCGGAUGACCAGCACCAGAACUAUCCGAUGUAUGGCGUGCUCGAGUCUGCGAGCGCCGCCAAUUCGAGCGUCCAGUACGGCGCGUAUGCCGUGCCUGCGCCUGCGCCUGCGCAUGCAUCGCAGCCGGUCGUUCCGAGCCAGGGGUACGCGGCAGUACACUCGCACGCGCAACACGCUCAGUCGCAGCUCUGGCCGGUCCAGCAGGUGGAGGACGAGAUGAUGUACUCGCUCGCGCAAGCGGAGAAUCAACCCGUGCAGGUGGCUUAUCAGCAGAAUCAGAGUCGCAGUCGGCAUGUUAGCUUGACCCAAGGCCAUUAUCAAUACCAGAUGCCAAUGCAGAUGCAGCCGCAGCCACAGCCGCCGACGAUGCUUCCUGUCGAGUCGGGCAGCUAUAGUUUGCAGGAGAGCUGGACGUCUUUCAUGCAGCAUGAGCUUCCGGGGCCUGUGGCUCCGCAGCCGGGAUAUAUGCGGCGGUGAGAUGCGUUUUUUCUUUUUGCAUGUGUUUGUUAUAGAUGAGGAGGACGUUGUUUUCUGUGUGGAUUUUACUGCUUUGUCUAUGCUGUCGAUCGUAUGUCAUCGUUUGUUUGCUUUAUACGUAUUUCUGUAAUGUGUUGUCAGGUA